AAGGACUCCCCCUCCCCACCCACCCCUCCUGCCCCGGAAGCAGCCAUUUUUGCCGCCUGGGGCCCACCAUGCGCCCCUGCGGGUGCUGCUCCGGGGGCUUUCUCCAGCGCUGCCGCUUCACGGCCCGCGCCCGCUUCAAAGCCCGGCCGGCCGCCUAGCCCCAUCCAGGAGGGCCUGGGGGAGGCCCGAGCCCCCGAGAGCAACAACGUUCGGAGCCUCCUGAUGUCAUGCCUGAAGGGGCAGCAGGUCAUCCUCAAGAUGGAGGCCAUGAAGAUCAUCCACCCGGAGAAGUUCCCCGAGCGCCAGGGGGGGACCUCCCGCUAUGCCCCGGCCCCCCGACGUGACCCCCCACUGGCGGCCAAGCGGGCCUGGCCCUCCGAAUCGGAGAUCAUCGUCAACCAGGCCUGCGGAGACCUCCCGGCCCUGGACGGCCCCCCCGGCCCCCUCGGCCUCUCACGGACACCCCCCCUGCCCCGGCGUGAGCGGUUUUACCCGGGACCUCGCCGAGGGGGCUCUGACCUCUGCUACCACCGGCCCCCGCCCCCGCCCCCGCCGGCCUCCUCUUCAUCUUCCUCUUCCCCGGACGAGGUGAUCGUCAACCAGUACGUCCUGCACCCCUCGGCCCCCUGCGAGCCCCUGGAGUGCCCCACCUGUGGCCACACAUACAACUUCACCAACAAGCGCCCCCGGAUCCUCUCCUGCCUCCACUCAGUCUGCGAGGAGUGCCUGCAGAUCCUCUAUGAAUCCUGCCCCAAGUACAAGUUCAUCUCCUGCCCCACCUGCAAGCGGGAGACUGUCCUCUUCACCGACUAUGGGCUGGCCGCCCUGGCUGUCAACACCAGCAUCCUCAAUCGGCUGCCAGCAGAAGCCUUGGCCGCCAGCCAGGUCCAGUGGAGCAGUGAGGCCGACCGCAGCUGCUACCAGACCUUCCGCCAGUACUGCGGGGCUGCCUGCACCUGUCGUGUCCGAAACCCCCUCACCUCCUGCACCAUCAUGUGAGAUGACCGCCUGCCCAGCCGGCCGGACAACGACACCUCUGCCUCGGUUCCACCCACACCUUCCCGCCACCCUUCCGGGCCGUGGGGCUGACUACACGAGUGGAGCCUCU